AUGUUUGAUAACACGCAGUACCCCUAUAACUGCUUUAAUUAUGACGGGGAUGAUUAUCCUACCUGUAGUUCUGACGAAGAGAAAAAAUUCACCAGACCAGCAUACAGCUACAUUGCCUUAAUUGCAAUGGCCAUCCAGCAAAGUCCUUCAAAUAAAGUCACCCUUUCUGGCAUUUAUGACUUUAUAAUGAAGAAAUUUCCUUACUACAGAUCAAAUCAAAGAGCCUGGCAGAACUCCAUCCGACAUAACUUAUCGCUUAACAGUUGUUUUGUAAAGGUUCCCAGGACAGAAGGGAAUGAGAAGGGGAAAGGAAACUAUUGGAGCUUUGCAACGGGAUGCGAAUCCAUGCUAGAUCUCUUUGAAAAUGGGAAUUACAGGCGAAGACGGAGGAGGAGGAAUGUGAAAAGGGAACAUAAGGAGCAGAGACCAAGCAGAGGGAAAAGUCCUUCAUCCCCCGAUAUGUCUUCUAUGGACUCUGCUUUAAACAACAUUUCCUCUUCCGAAAGUAAACACGAAAGAAUUGAAUCGGGACCAAGACUACUGGAGCCUCGUGGAUUUGCUCCAAACAGCAUGACCAACAGGCAGAACCUAAACAAUUCCUCCUUAGCAAAAUCGGAUUCUGAAAUUAAAUUCAGCAUCGAUUACAUUCUUUCAGCCCCCGACCCUUUGCCUGUCCUGAGAUCUCAAUACAACAUGCAAGAAAAUAAAUAUCAUCUACUGGAGGCCCAGCAAAUUAAUCUCCAGUUCUGGACAAUGUGA